UACCAUGCCGCCGUGCUGGUGUGACAUGAAUUCCAGCAGGCAUCCCACAUUCACUGAUUCCCUCCCCAUGCAUCCAUGUGCGAUCCUCGUUGCGGUGUGCUGGGCUCCGCUCGUGGUCCCCGAAUUCGCCCAUCUAUCCGUGUAUCCAAAGUCGCAGUCACGAGCCCUGUCGGUCUGGAUGGAACAUCGACGGUCAGCAGGAACUGAUCGUUCUGUGACACCAGCUUACAGUUAUGUUCGAGAGUCAUGUCCUGUCCCACUCAGCGUUUAUCCAAACCUCAGGCUGCCUUACCUCCUCGGGCUAUCGUUCCAGACCAGGCCUUCCCAUGUCCUCUCAUGCGUCGAAUCCGAGUGGUCCCCACACUGAAUAGUGGUCCCCUCGUUAAAUUUGAUCGGAUUCACAUGAAUUCGGCUCGUCCCGCCUUCGUCUCGCCUGAAUCUCGCAAUCUGCGGCCACGGGUGGAGAUACUUACUCCUAAGAUGGUGUUUUGCAACCACUUCAGCUACUCCAAGCGCUCUCAAUUUCCGCGAUACUUUUGACCUCUCUGGCCUGCUGGAAUUCAUGGGUGUUUUCCACUGAAUCUGAAUCCGACUUUGCUGUGCGUCAUAACUUUCCGCGAACCAGCUGCCGUCCAUGGCUGGUCUGAAGUACGACCCUGACUUCUGGAACGUGGUUCAACAGCGGCUGCAGCCCAGUCCACAGGAGGUGCCACCACCAGUUCAUGUCCCUGCCGAAUCCAGCGUCACCCAAGAAUCUCCUCAUGGUGGUGACCAGGACCCUAGUGACGCCGGUGGAAUCACGGUGGUGAUAGAGGCGAAGCAGCCUGAAGUGGAGUGGGUGGAUCCUACUCAGAUCCGAUUCAGCCAGUCCACCAUAUGCGCUGCCUUCUCACGCCCACCAGCUAAGGCAGCCCAGGACACAGCGCUGGAAUCGAACAGCUAUGCACGCGUUGCAGCAGCAGCGCCAAGGAGCAGCAAGUACACCAUCUACGAUGCCUUGCGGGACCUCAACGAGGAAAAAAGCAGAGUGGACCACUUCCCCCCGAUCCGAGUGGUGGAGCACGAGGGGCUCACUUUCUCCCUGGACAAUCGCCGCCUCUGGGUGUUCAAGAUGUUCGGGAUCCCGGGGUUGCGCGUGCGUGCACGCCGUGUGCCUGCUGACAAGGAGCUGUUUCAGAAGCUCACGUGCUCGGGGGUGGGGGAUGAGAGAGGGAGGACGGUGAGGGUGCUGUCUGAGGAGGAGGCGAGGAAGGUGGGGCGGGUGCGGCAGCUGGAGCAGCACGUGCUCAAGUGGAGCGUGGAGGACAUCAUGAACGACUACCUGCUCGUCAGGAAGGUGCGGCCUAUCCCCGACACCUUCCCUGACAUCCGCUCCUACCUCUCUGCCUUCCGCUGGCCGCUGGUAGAGGAGUGCCGUGCCAGCCUCAAGUCCAGCCUGGGUCAGCUUUCAGCAGCAACUCCCAUGCGCAUAGACAUUCGCAAACUGGAGAGGCUGGAUGGGUAUGUGGCAGGCGCGGACUAUGAUGGCGAUGAGGAGGAGGAGAGUGAGGAGGGUGGAGGGUAUUACAUGGGGCAGGAUGAUCCUUUUGGCAGUGAUUGGAAUGGUGAGAGUGACGGGUACGGAGAUUUGUUUGGGGAGCGUACGAGGGUGAAGAAGCAGCAGGCGAAGGUGCACUCUGAUACAGGGCGGUUCUGUGCGGUGGUGUUUGAGGUUGACCGGGAGAGCCUGGCUCGUGACAGGGCAGCAGGGAGAGCCGGAGGCAGCGAUUCUGAAGAGGUGAAGCUGAAGCCGACUGAUGUGGUGCUUCUGUCCACUGUUGCUCCUACCCAGCCUGACGACCUGCUGCGCUCAGGCGUGCUGUACCUGUUGGGGGUUCUCCUUCCUGACAAGAAUGCAGCAGAGGGUGGAGGAGACGGAAACUGCUACUUCAAGGCCAAGAUCUUCGCUCCAGAGGACUCGCCUGAGGCCAAGGCGUUGGAGGAGAUGCUGGGGGAGGAGAAGGGCGACGGGGAGGGUGCGAGUGUGACGUGGUAUGCGACUGCGGUGGAUAGCUUCGCCACGCCCCAGCGCAUCUGGGAUGCACUGCAUGAGCCGCUGAAUGCGGAGGAGUGGGGUGGAUUGGGGGAGCCUGAGAGUGUGAGGAUGAAGAGAAGGAUUCUGGAGGAGCUGCUGUGUUCGGAUGGGAGGCGGGGCGAGGGCAGGAGGGGUGGAGUGAAGUGGAACAGAGGCGAAGAUAGAGAGCAACGUCUGACCACGUGCCCUCCAGCCAUCGCCAUCCCUCCCGAGGUGGUUCCAGAGCUGAUGCAUGCUGUGGGCGAGUUCUGCCAUGCGCGCCGUCUCAACCAUCCGCAGCAGGCAGCUGUUCUCGCCUGCCUCCGAGGCUUCCUCACUGCUGCCGCUUCGACCAACGCUGCUGCCUAUUCUGACUCCUCCUCUCCCUUCUCCAGCACGCCUUUCUCCUCCUACUCCUCCUCCUCGUCCUCGCAAUUCUCUUCCUUCUCCUCGUCGCUGCACUCCUCCGCUGCGCCUCGCUUGCUGCAGCUGGUGCAGGGGCCGCCAGGCACAGGCAAGACGCACACAGUCUCUGUGCUUCUCUCUAUUGUGCUCUCCCUUGGCGUCCGCACGCUCGUCUGCGCCCCUACCAACGUGGCCACGGCUGAAGUGGGCAGGCGAAUGCUGCACUUGGCUCUUUCAUCCGACCCGAACACUCAGUUCGCAGGGUAUCACCAUGCCCAGCAGCAGCCGCAGUAUGGAUCCAUCAGUAAGGAAGAUCUAUUCAACGCGUUUGUGCAGCGCGGAAAGCUGAGGAUUGGGGACAUAGCCCUUGUGGUGAAUGAGGAUCGACUGGAGAUAGACUCAGAGCUGGAUAUGAUUCUGGUGGGGAGUGAGAGGACCGAGGCAGGUAAGGAUGGGAGGAGGAAGACCAAACUCACUGGUCGGAUGGGGAGACUCGUCGGUGCUCUGUCACAUCUGACCGGCUGGAGAGAGACCUUCCAGAAACUGGUUGGUUUCUUGGAGAGCUCUUGGGUGGAGCUGAAUGACCAACUCCAAGCUGGGGUCAAGGAAGCGGACGAGAAGGCAGGUCAGGAAGAGAAGCCUACAAGCGCAGGUGGCCAAGGCAGUGGCAGGAGCGAUAACACGAAGGCUGGGAAGAAGGUGGAUGCCCUCAGCGUAGUGCAUUACUUCCAGAACGGUGUGGCUCUACUCUCGCAGCCUGCUAUGGAGCAGGCCGUGAAUCUUGCAGAGGACCUUCCGUCGGCUCUUCUGCCUGAGAAUGAGCGGCUGCUGCUGCUCCAGGCGUUUGAUCUCAUGGCAGCGCUGCAGCAGCUGGUGAAGUGUGCUGGACUGUCUCCUGCCGAUGUCAUGACGUGGUUAUGUGGCACGGCGGAAAUUGGAGGAGGAGGAGAAGGAGAAGGAGUAGGCGGUGUGGAAUCAGUGGUUGAGGCGGCUAGGGUUUUGCUUGGGCUUGGAGGGAGAGCUGGGGGUGGUCUGGAAGGUGGCGGUGCUAAGAGAUCUAGAAGCAGUACUAGCACCAGGGGCGGUAGCAGGUUGGAGACGAUUCGUUGCUCUAGCAACACGAGCAAAGGCAGAAUUCCCACUUCUACAAUCACAUCGGUGCAAGCCCGGAGUCUCUUUCUCUCCAUCCGCAGCUGCCUGCGCCUGAUUUCUAACGCAAGCCCAGCUUACAGCAUCCCGAAGCUAGGCAACACCCCCUCCUCUGGCACCAUCGCUGCAGUGUGCGUUGAGAACGCCAAGCUUGUUCUCUCCACCGUCUCCUCGUCUGCGCGCGCUCUGCUGCGGUACUCCCCCCCCUUCCCCCUGCUGCUGCUGGACGAGGCAGCCCAGCUGGUGGAGGCAGAGAGUCUGGUGGCCCUAGAGGCCAAGGGGCUGCGCUACGCUGUGCUCGUGGGUGACACCAAGCAACUUCCAGCCACAGUCAUGAGUAAGAUAGCAACGGAGGCGAAUUACAACCGCAGCCUGUUUGAGCGGCUGCAGGGCAAGGGGUGGGAGGUGCAGAUGCUGAGUGUGCAGUACCGCAUGCACCCCGACAUCAGCCGCUUCCCCUCGCACUGCUUCUACCAGGGGCGCAUCGAGGAUGGGGCCAACGUGUGCCACCCCUCGCACUGCCCGCCGCACCUGGAGGCACUCUUUGGCCCGUAUGUGUUCAUGCACGUCAAAGGCAAGGAGGAGAGGGAGGUGGUAUCAGUGGAGGGUGGCUCUCGCAGUAUCGCGAAUUCGGUGGAAGCUGUGGUGGUGCUGGCGCUGCUCAAACGACUCUCGGACGCGUGCAAGGGUGCACCAGGAGCGAGCGCGGGGGCAUUUCUCAAAGUGGGCCUUAUCUCGCCGUAUGCCUUGCAAGUGGAGUAUCUAAAGCGAGCUAUGGAGUACCAGGCGUGGCCGCACCUGGUGGUGGAGGUGAAGAGCGUGGAUGGCUUUCAGGGCAGGGAGUGCGACGUCAUUAUCGUCAGCACUGUGCGCUCCAACAGCCACGGCAGCAUCGGAUUCGUCUCUGACGCCAGGCGCCUGAACGUGGCCAUUACUCGGGCACGGUACUGCAUGUGGGUGGUGGGCGACAGGGAGACGCUGCAGCGCGGGGACAGCACGUGGGAGCAGCUGCUGGUGGACGCGGAGCAGCGCGGGUGUGUGGUGGAGGCGCAGAGGGACGUCAAGCUGCGCAGGGCCAUCGAGAGGCGCCAGAUGGAGCUCGGGGAGGUGCAGCAGCUGCUGCUACCCAACUCGGGCCUCUGGGACUCGCUUCCUUGGGAGGCCACGUUCAGCAUUGAGUUUCAGAACAGUAUGCGCAAGCUGCGGUCGCUCGAGGUGAUCAACGCGGUGCGGCGGCUGAUGGGCGGGCACCGGCCGCAGCGCAGCAGCAAGCCGCGGCACAUCCUCAAGGACCCGCGGUACUACGACAUCAUCCACGUGCAGGCUGUGGGCAAGCGCCACCUCAUCUGGACUGUGGACGUCUCCCGCACCACGUUCAAACAGAUCAUCAGAGUGUGGGAUGUGGUGGAGGAGCAGAAUGUGCCAAAGUGGCUGCGUCGCCUGGAAGGGGGACUAGGAACGUACUCAGAUGAAUACGUGGACCGCUGUGCUAGAUGUGACGACCCCCUCGCUCGCAGGGUGCAGCCUCUGCAGUUCCCCAAAGACUCGGACUUCUCCUGGCAUCGGGUGAAGCCAACACGAGAUGCAUCUGCAGCUGCUACUGAUGCAGCUGAGAGCGCCCUGGAGCGGGCGCCAGUGGACGAGAGUGUGCUUCUAAUGAAGUUCUACCAGCUCUCCCUGGGCUCAGCCCGCCAGCUGGUGACAGCAGCACAGGGCGAGCUACCGUUCGAGGUGAACGAGCAGGAGGCGCUCAUAGUGCACUACCCUGGGAGCCUCUUUGUGCUCGGACGGUCGGGCACAGGCAAGACUACUAUCAUCACGCAUCGCCUGCUGCAGCUGGAGCGGCUGUUUAUGAGAGCCAUGGGUGAACGUGGGGGGCUGCCGCCAGGGAUGGGGCUCGAGGGGGGGGGCAGAGGGGUGGCAGAGGCGGGAGGAGCUGGAGGUGUUGUGGAAGGAGGAGGGAGAGAUAGGGUGGGUGAUGGGAAGGGGAGUGGAAAGGAGGAGCCCGCAGGGGGGGGUGUGGUGGAGACGCUGCGGCAGGUGAUUGUGACGCUGAGCCCGCGGCUGUGUGCGGCGAUUCGACACCAUGUGACCAAAGUCAGGCGAACCAUGCUCGAAGCAGACGCUAUCCUUCCUGCCAGCAACACAGCACCCAAGGCAGGCGAAGGGGAGCAGCAGCAGCAGCAGGAGGAGGAGGCAGGGGGGCAGGAGGAGCUGUUACUAUCAGAAGAAGCAGAGGAGAAGCUCAUGGGCGAUCUACCUGAGUCUCUGGACCAGGUGCAGCCUGAUGCAUUUCCGCUCGUGAUUACCUUCAAAAAGCUGCUCAGCAUGGUGAAUGCCACCCUGGUGCGUCCGUUCCAGCAGGAUAGGUUGAAGGCGGGUGGAUGGCAUGGGAAGGGGAAUGCGGCCGGUGGGUGGAAGAGUGGGGGUUCUAGGGGCGGGAUGGCUGGGGGAAGGGAUGGGGAUGGCAGUGACGAUGAGGGCAGUGACUUUAAUGGGAGUGAUUACGGGUCGAGUGAGGAUGAUGAAGAUGAUGACGAGGAGGAGGACGGAGCCGGGGACCCGUUUUCUCCGAAGGGCUGGCGCGAGUCACAUUGGCAUAGGAGGGAGACGAGCAGCAAUGGCGGCCCCAGCCGUGGCAAUGGCAGUGGCAAUGCUGCUGGAGGCAGUGACAGCGGCAGCGGCAGCGGCAGUGGCAGUGGUAGUGGUAGUGGCGUCCUUUGUCUUCCUGAUGAAGUAGACUACGACCGGUUCGAGGCCCUCUACUGGCCGCAUUUCAACACGGCAGUCAGUCGCAAGCUGGACGCCUCCCUGGUGUACAAGGAGUUCUUCUCGCACAUCAAGGGCUCCCUGCACGCCCUCAGGUCCCCACGGGGCAGGCUGUCUCAGGAGGACUAUGUUGCUCUGGCGCAGUCCCGGGCUUCGAGCUUCGAUGAGGCGCAGAGGGAGGUGAUCUACGGGCUGUACGUGCAGUAUGAGCGGCUGAAGCGGCAGAAGGGGGACUACGACCUCUGUGACUAUGUGUACCAUGUGUACAAGGAGCUGGAGAAAGGGGCGACAAGGAUCUGCACUCCUGCUGCUCUCGCAGCUGCCUCUGUUGCUGCUGCUGCUGCUGCUGCUGCUGCUGCUGCUGGUGCUGCUGCUGCUGGCAGGGCUUCGUCUCGUGCUGCUAAGUCCGUCGCCUCUGGUGGCGAUGACAAGGUGCUUGCCGGCCCGCCUUUCCAAUACGUAUACGUGGAUGAGGUGCAGGACUUGACUCAGGCGCAGAUCGCCAUCAUGCGCUUCCUCUGUGCUAACAUGGGUGGUGGGUUCGUCUUCGCGGGUGACACAGCACAGACGAUUGCAAGGGGGGUAGAUUUCCGGUUUCAGGACAUCCGGAGGCUGUUUUAUGAGCUGUUUUUGGGAAAGAAGGUUGACGUGCAGGGGGAGGGGGAAAGUGAGGGUAUGGAGGGCGGAGCAGGGGAGGUUGCUGGUGUUGGUGGCAAAGGUGAUGGUGGGCAGGAGAGGGAGAGAGGAGAGGAGGAGGGUCGGGCACAGGAGAAGCAGGGGAGGUGGGCAGGGGCAGCAAAAGAACGAGGCAAGCAGAAGCUAUCUGCCAAGGGGAGGAGAUUGCUGGAAGAGGUGGCCGGUGGAGCAGCAGAGUCAGCGUCAGCAGCCAGAUCUGUCUCAGACAGGGACAGAGCAGAGCAGUUGGGAGGAGGCAUGGGAGCAAAGACAUCUGCACAGAGCUCCAGGAGCGGAGUUCAGACAUCAGCACAUCAGGAGCGGUCAUCGUGUGCCGAGAUGCCGGAUCUCUUCUUCCUAUCACAGAACUUCCGUGCGCAUAAUGGCAUAGUGCGCCUAGCGGACAGUGUGGUGCGCGUGCUGCUGCACUUCUUCCCGCACGCCGUCGACCGGCUUGCUCCGGAGUUCAGUCUGAUCGAUGGGGAGGCGCCGGUGUUUCUGGAUGCCAAGGCGAGCGAUGAUGUGGUGACGGAGCUGUUCGGGAAGAAAGGGGCCAUUGGAGGAGGCGGGUGUGAAUUCGGAGCCGAACAGGUCAUCUUGGUGCGAGACGCUGAGAGUCGCAAGGAGCUGGUGCAGCGCAUCGGAUCGAGGGGACUCGUGCUCAGUGUGCACGAGUGCAAAGGACUAGAGUUCCAGGACGCCCUGGUCUACAACUUCUUCUCGGGCUCUCCUAUGGCGUCCAGCUGGCGUCUGCUGUACCACUACAUGCGAGAGCAUACCCUCAUUCCCUCAGCAGAGGAGGGGUCCAGCCGUUGGCAGUGCCCUGCGUUUGACUCCAAGAGGCACAAUCUGCUGUGCAGCGAGCUGAAGCAGCUGUACGUGGUGCUGACACGAGCGCGGCAGCGGCUGUGGAUCUACGAGGAGGACGAGGGGGCGAGGCGGCCCGCCAUGGACCUGUGGGGGGCCAUGGGGGUGGUGGCGGUGAAACCCCUCACUGCUGAUCUACUCACGUCCAUGCAUACUGACUCCUCGCCUGAGGGCUGGCACAAGAGGGGCACUGAGCUGUUCAACGCAGGCCAAUUUGAAGCAGCAGUGCUCAGUUUCGAGCGAGCAGGGGACACGCACAGUGCAGCCGUGUCAGGGGCAGCCCUGCUGCAGCAGACAGCCAAGAGGCUGCAGGGCACGGACCCCAAGGAGGCAGGCAGGACGUUCCAGAAGGCUGCCCAGGCGUUCCUGGACGUGGGGAGGCCGAAGGAUGCUGCCCGGUGUUUCAUCAGCGCGGGCAAGAUGGAGCGAGCAGGUAAAGCCGGGGAUUGAGGGUGGGGACUAAAAUGGUGGAGGUUGA